UGGAACCUGAAACAACACGAGAAAAUACACACAAGGGAGAAGCCUUACCACUGCUCCCAGUGUGGAAAGAGUUUUAAGCUUUUAGGAACCCUUAAAGCUCACGAGAAAAUACACACAGGGGAGAAGCCUUACCACUGCUCCCAGCGUGGAAAGAGUUUUAAGCUUUUAGGAACCCUUAAAGCCCAUGAGAGAAUACACACAGGGGAGAAGCCUUACCACUGCUCCCAGUGUGGAAAGAGUUUCAAACGGCCUUGUCAUCUGAAACAACAUGAGAGAAUACACACAGGGGAGAAGCCUUACCACUGCUCCCAGUGUGGAAAGUGUUUCAGCCGGUCAGGGGAGCUGAAACGACAUGAGAGAAUACACACAGGGGAGAAGCCUUACCACUGCUCCCAGUGUGCACAGUGUUUCAGCCAGAAAGGAAGCCUGACCCAACACGAGAGAAUACACACAGGGGAGAAGCCUUACCACUGCUCCCAGUGUGGAAAGAGUUUUAAGGUGUUAGGAACCCUUAAAGCUCAUGAGAGAAUACACACAUGGGAGAAGCCUUACCACUGCUCCCAGUGUGGAAAGUGUUUCCGCCGUUCAGGGGAGCCGAAACAACAUGAGAGAAUACACACAGGGGAGAAGCCUUACCACUGCUCCCAGUGUGGAAAGAGUUUUGUGCUUUUAGGAACCCUUAAAGCUCACGAGAGAAUUCACACAGGAGAGAAGUAUUACCACUGCUGCAUUUGUGGAAAGAGUUUUAAUCAGAAAAGCAACCUGAACCAACACGAGAAAAUACACAGAGGGGAGAAGCCUUACCACUCCUCCCAGGGUGCAAAGUUUUUGCCCAUUUAGGAAGCCUGAAAGAACGCAUGAGACUACACACAGAGGAGAAGGCUUAGAAAUUGCUCAGACUGGGAAAACAUAUUACUCAUCACAGUCACUUAAACGUCAUGAGAGAAUCCACACAUAAGAGAAGAAUUACUUGUAUAUUGAUAUUUCACAUCUCAUUGACUUAAAAUUCAUCAGAGAACAUAUACAGUGCUCCCAUUGUCUUAUAUUGUUGACUGAUAAUGUGUUUACUUGUUUUUACCAUAUGAAAUUAAAUGGUACAAGGUAUACUCAAACAUAUAUUUGUUUGUUUUUAUUAGAAAACAUGAAUUUAAUAUGGAGUAUGUCAGUUUGAAUAUAAAGUAGAUCAGAUUCCAUGUGUUUAAAUGGUCCU